AUGAUAUCCGCAUUCUUCGUGUUUAACCAGAAGGGCGAGGUCCUCAUCUCAAGACUGUAUCGUACAGACUUCAAGCGUUCUAUCGCAGAUGUCUUCAGGAUACAAGUCGUGUCGAAUAGUGAUGUCCGCUCACCGAUCAUAACGCUGGGCUCGACCAGCUUCUUCCAUGUUAGAAUCAACAAUCUGUAUGUCGUAGCGGUGACAAAAAACAAUGCGAAUGCUGCUCUGGUGUUUGAGUUCUGCUACCGGUUUAUCAGCAUCGCCAGGUCGUAUUUCGGGAAGAUCGACGAGGAAGCCAUUAAGAACAACUUCGUUCUCAUAUACGAACUUAUUGAUGAAAUCAAUGACUUUGGAUAUCCGCAAAAUAGCGAAAUCGACACCUUGAAAACAUACAUCACGACUGAGAGCAUCGUGUCUUCUUCGGCUGUUGCUGUUGAAGAAUCGUCGAAGAUUACGGCACAAGCGACGGGAGCGACGAGCUGGCGGCGCGGAGAUGUCAAGUACAAGAAAAACGAGGCUUUUGUGGAUGUUGUGGAAACCAUCAAUCUAAGUAUGAGUGCUAAAGGUACGAUCCUCCGUGCAGAUGUCGACGGUCACAUACAGAUGCGCGCAUAUCUUUCUGGAACACCGGAGUGUAAAUUCGGUUUGAACGACAAGCUCGUCAUCGACAAGAGUGAACGAGGUGCUAGUGAUGCUGUUGAACUUGACGAUUGUCGUUUUCACCAGUGUGUGCGGUUAAACGACUUUGAUGCUGACCGAAGCAUCAGUUUCGUCCCUCCGGAUGGCGAAUUCGAGUUGAUGAGAUAUCGGGCGACAUCGAAUGUCAAGUUACCUCUGCGAAUCAUCCCUACGGUCACAGAAAUAGGUACUACUCGCGUAUCGUACGAUGUCACAGUGAAGACGAACUUCAACAACAAGCUGUCUGCGACUAACAUCGUCUUGCGAAUACCUACACCACUGAAUACAGUGAAUGUGGAGUGCUCGGUGGCGAACGGAAAGGCAAAAUAUGCACCCGCAGAAAACGUGGUUAUCUGGAAGAUUCCGAGGCUUCAGGGAGGACAGGAAUGUGCCUUUUCUGCUGUUGCUGAACUAACGAGUACCACAACUCGUCAAGUAUGGGCUCGGCCGCCUAUUGACGUUGACUUUCAAGUCCUCAUGUUUACGGCGUCGGGUCUCAUGGUCAGGUUCUUGAAGGUGUUCGAGAAGAGCAACUAUAAUAGUAUCAAAUGGGUGCGAUAUCUCACGAAGGCUAGUGGUUCAUAUCAGAUUCGGGUACGUCGUGUGUUUCACUGUGUCUUGCUUCGGAAGUUUAAAAAAAUAAAUAUCCAGUUCUGA